AAGCCCCAAGAAUCGUACAUAUGUACAUUCUAAAUUACUCACUUUAGAGCCCACAAACAUAGGUUGGCCUCGUUUCGAGUAUAAAUACUUUUUCGCACAUUCGACCAGCAAACAAUUGUUUAUGGCACAGCGUGCCUUUACCAUCAAAAGUAACAAAAUGUUCAAACACCUUGUAAUUAUGGCAGUCAUCUCGGCGGUGCAAUGCGCUGACGUCGUACGCAUACCGCUACAUAGACAUGAAAAGAGUCACAGAACGUUGGCAAGUGUACGCGCCGAAAUCGCUGGACUUCGUAGUAAAUAUAAUGUGACAAAGACGCAGACGCAGACACAGAGUGUCAGCAAAGAAACACUCAUCAAUUCAGAAAAUAUGGGUUAUUAUGGCAAUAUUAGCAUCGGCACACCGCCACAAUAUUUUUUGGUGCUCUUCGAUACGGGUUCUUCGGAUUUUUGGAUACCCUCAAGUAAUUGCCUAACCAAGGAUUAUGCGUGUCACGAUCAUCAUCGUUAUAACAGCAGUAAAUCGAGCACUUAUAUACCGAAUGGCAAACAAGCUGGCAUGUUGUAUGGUAGUGGUGAUAUGUCUGGUUACUUCUCCACCGAUACCGUACGCAUCGGUGGUUUAAUUAUUACAAAUCAAACUUUUGUUGAGGCGACGAAAGAACCGGGCAAUACAUUUAAUCAUAAACAUUUCGAUGGCAUAGUCGGCAUGGCCUAUCGCUCAUUCGCAUCGGAUCACGUGGCACCACCAUUCUACAACAUGUGGUCGCAACAUUUGAUUAGCAAGGACAUAUUCUCCUUCUAUUUGGCGCGCAAUGGCAGUUCGCAACAAGGUGGUGAACUCAUAUUGGGCGGUUCUGACCCCAAAUACUACCGUGGUAACAUUUCAUAUGUGCCGGUUACUCAACAAGGCUAUUGGCAAUUCAAAGUCGACUCUAUCUCAGUUAAUGGUACGACUGUGAAGCGAAACUUUCAAGCAAUUGCCGACACCGGCACCAGUCUGAUCGCUGUUGGUGAUUACGAAGCUUUCGUCGCAUUGAAUGAGAAAAUUGGCGCUAAACGAUUCGACGCGGACAACUUUUAUGUUAAUUGCUCUACAGUAGCCUCGUUACCGAAUGUUGAUAUUGGAAUUGGUGGCAAAAACUUCAGUCUCGCACCAAGCACCUAUAUACAUCACUCGAAUGGUUUAUGCUUGUCGAGCUUCUUCUACAUGGCAGAUUAUAUAUGGGUUUUGGGUGAUACCUUUAUCGGCAAUUUCUACACUGAAUUUGAUUUGGGCAACAAUCGUGUGGGGUUUGCGACAGCCGCAUAAAUUAUUUAGAUAAACUUCCGUAUUAAACUGAUUAUUUUAUUGGUUGUCCAUAAAUCUUCGUAAUACGAAUGCUAUAUUUUCGAUUAAAUAACCAACUGUAAAUAUACGAAUGCAUUUAUUGAGUGAAAUAUAUAUUUUUUGUGAAAAGCAAAAGUCAAA